AUGGUGUGGAGAAUGGCUCAAAGGGAAGUGUGGUGUGGAGAAUGGUCCAAACGGAAAUGUGGUGAGGAGAAUGGCCCAAACGGAAGUGUGGUGUGGAGAGUGGCCCAAACGGAAGCCAUUGAAACUCUGGCCAAACCGCUUCUAGGUCGAGACAUCGGAAGCAUCAUGGCGGAAUUUGGCAAGGUGUUUAGGUCUAUUGCAGACCAUCCCUCCUAUCGAUGGCUGGGACCACAUAAAGGCGUUGUUCAUCUAGCUCUUGCAGCUAUCACUAACGCUUGCUUUGAUUUAUGGAGCAAGUGCAGGGGACUGCCACUGUGGAAGCUGCUGUUGUCCUUUAAUGUUGAUGAAAUUAUUUCAUUUCUCGACUUCAGUUAUGUCAAAGAUGUUCUCUCUGAGCAGGAAGCUGGAAAAAUGCUGGAGGACACGAUGCCUUCUAUAGCUCAACGAAUGGAUGUGCCCGAGAGUGGGUAUCCCGGAUAUGACAUCAGCUUUGGUUGGCUGCAUUUUGAUGAUGACACUAUUGUCAGAAACGUUGAGAAAGCAACAAAGAGUGGAUUCAAAGCAUUUAAAUUAAAAGUAGGAUCGAAAGACAAAGCAAGAGAGAUACGCCGAGCCAAGCUAGUUCGUAGCCUGAUUGGCCCGGAUGUCAAAUUGAUGUUCGAUGCUAAUCAACAAUGGUCACUCUCGACUGCAGUAGAGAUGUGUGAGGCUUUAAAGGAAGUGAACCCUUACAGGAUUGAAGAGCCUACACACCCGGAUGACGUGUUUUUUCAUCAAAAUCUUGUCAGAGCUGGCUAUCUCGUCGCCAUAGGAGAGGCUAUACCAAACCGCGUGACAUUCAAGAACUUUAUGCAGGCACAGGCAGCUAACUUCAUUCAUGUAUGA